AUGGACUUUUGUUGUUUACCUGUUGGAGUUAAUCAUUUUUCAUUUGAUGAACGGUGUAACCUUAUUUGUAGAAUAAUGAAACUGUUUAUAUAUUUUACUGGUCAAUUUCCAGAUUUAUCACUCUUAAAUUCUCUUCAAAAUGAAUCAGAUAUUGAAUUAAAAUUGGAUAAUUUACACUCAAAGGAAGUAAAACUUUUACAAUCAAUUCAUGAGGUUGAAUCUAAUCUGUUAUCAUCGAAAUCAGAAUCUAUUCUUUAUUUCCUGAUUAUGAUUGGUGGUCUACCAAGUAAUCCAAAACGAGCAUUUCUCAUAGAUAUCAAUGAUUUCUAUCCUAAAACUACAAAUGCCGAUAAAACAGAUGUUUCUUUCAGAGAAUUUUUCGAAUCUCUUGUACAGGUUCCGUUUUUUGAUAAUGUUUUUAAGUGUUCUACUCCUACACGUACUUACAUAUAUAUAUGUACAUCAAAAGAUUUUUCAUCUUCAUGGUUUCUACCUCGAUUACAAUUUCGUUUACCUCGGACUUGUCCUGUUCAUGUAUUGAAAAUUGUUCCUGAUUCUACAGAUUCUUAUAAUCCCAAAGAAUUACACAAAGUUUUGUAUGAAUCACCAUCUGAACUACGAUGGUAUGCUUCUCCGACAGUUUUUUCCGGAGUUAAACCAAAAUAA